AUGCCUGGUUAUGGCAAGAGCAGCCAGAAAGAAUGGGGCGACGAGAUCAUCAAGUAUCUCGUUGGUAGACAGCAACUGAAGAUGAUAUAUGUCCUCGUUGAUUCAGUCCAUGGCCUUAAGAGCUCUGACCAACAGCUCCUUUCUCUCCUUAAGCAGGAACAUCUUGCUCACCAAAUCGUCCUCACUAAGGUGGACCGUUUGUUAUAUACAGCAGACAAAAAGCGCUCCUUUGAGAAUUUAGUACUUCAGCUACCCCUUUUGGAUAAAUUUACCGCAGAUAUCAAAAGUUCCGCAGGUGUGAUUGCACCAUCCGAGAUCGUGUGUUGCUCUUCAGAAGUAAGUGUGGGCGGACCUGAUAAGCUAGGCUUGGAGACAUUGCGCUGGUCUAUUCUCAAGGCUACUGGUUUGAACAGUGAGAAACUUCCAGUAGCAAAAAACGCUUGGAAACCGGGUGACCUAUAUCAUGACAAUCCAAAAUGCUUAGAGUGA